AUGAAUCCAACAAUGUCUCCACCACUCUCAAUGUCUUCGCGCAAAAGAUCCUCAUCCAUAUCAUCAUUCGAUUCUUUUGAUUCGGACUUCUUCGAACAAACUUAUGUACCACUCUCAAAUCUACCAACCCCACCUCUAUCCUCUCAUUCAUACGAUACCACGGCAGCUCAAUCACCAAUAUCUCUUUUCAGCUCCGAUGAAAUCCUUGAUCCAGACUAUUUAGGUCCUGCAAUCCAUCUCACAAACUUAAUCCCCUCCUCCACUUCCUUAACCGAUCCCUCCACUCAACUAGUCCACGCCCUCUUAACCCGCGCCGAUCUACCAAUCGAAAUCCUCGCCCUUGCAGUCUGCAUCCUCGAUUCCCUCAAUUCUAGAUUUGCUCGCUCGUGGCGAAUUUCAUACCCUCUCGAAUCAUCCGAAGAUCAAUUACUCGAACAAUACGAUUUCCCAAGUCCACAAUGUGCAGAAGAACAACACAUCGAUUCUACACAUCCCGAAGUGAUAGUUCUCGCAGCCCUCAUAUUGGCGAUGAAAUUUAUAGAUGAUCAACAAGGAACCACUCUUUACUAUGCGCAGAAAUGGGCAAGAGGAUUGUGGAGCUGUGAUCAGAUUAAUUUCACGCAGAGAGCUAUCAUGGAAAAUUUGAAUUAUAGAUUACUACCACUGUGGGAAGAGGAAAUUAUUGAAGAAGCCAAGAUGAGUAUGGCGAGAGCGGCAAAGAGACAAUCAUCACAAUCAUAUUGUAUGCAGGAUUGGACACAAUCGAUGAAGAAUUGUGGAAUGGGUAGACCGAUGAGUAGUGGAAAAGCUUGUAAGGGAAUUGAAGGAGAAAAUACACCACAACCUACACCAUUUGAAAUACCAUUUUGUGAUGAUUUGGUCAUGGGAAUUGGAAGUGAACGACCGCUGGGAGGUACCUCGAUGUUAAGUCGAGAGACGAAAAUAGCAUUUGGGGGAUUGUUGGGUGGAGAGUAUCAAGAUGUGGAUAUGGAUAUGGAUAUGGAUUUGGAGAGAUUAUCAAGAUCUGUGGAUCCUUUAAUGGUUCAUGAUGAACAUAUGAAUUUUGUUUGA